AUGCCUCCCAAGUUCGACCCCAAUGAGGUGAAGGUCAUUCACCUGCGAGUGACUGGUGGUGAAGUCGGUGCCCAGUCCGCUCUCGCCCCCAAGAUCGGUCCUCUCGGUCUGUCCCCCAAGAAGAUUGGUGAAGAUAUUGCCAAGAACACUGGUGACUGGGUAAGCACUCAAUACGGUUGCUGCGAUGCACGAAAGGAGCAAUGGCUAACGUGGACUGUUUCCGCUGUACAGAAGGGUCUCCGUGUGACUGUCAAGCUCACCAUCCAGAACCGUCAGGCCGCGGUCUCUGUUGUGCCCUCCGCCUCUUCCCUGGUCAUCAAGGCCCUCAAGGAGCCCCCCCGUGACCGCAAGAAGGAGAAGAACAUCAAGCACAACAAGUCCAUCCCCCUGGACGACAUCAUCGAGAUUGCGCGCACCAUGCGCUCUCGUUCCCUCGCCAAGGAGCUCAAGGGUACCGUCCUUGAGAUCCUGGGUACCGCUUUCUCCGUCGGCUGCCAGGUUGAUGGCCGCAGCCCCAAGGAUGUCUCUGACGACGUCAAGGCCGGCGAGAUUGAUAUCCCCUCGGAGUAA